AUGGCCACCUCGCAAGCUCUGUUUUGCAUCGACGUCAAUGUCAUCUCAGUUGAUGAAGCACUACACCACCUCCGCCACACUACUCCUUACGGUAUCAAGCAGGUUGUCGAAGCAAGAGAAGGCUCUCAAUUCCUGUAUGUCCUGGUCGAGAAUCCCAAGCGCCUGUUCCGAGGCCCUACUCCGCACGGUGUGAAGAGCGUCAAGAAUCAAGCCGAAACAGCGAACGGCAAGACAGAAGUCCGGAUCGAGUAUGAUCCACGGUCCAUACUACCGCGAGAUCUUGUUGAGAAAGCAUUGGCCGACACCAGCGCAGAGUUGGCGCCGAUGCCGCCUCCUGACUCUGUGGCUGCUGGGAGGAAGCACCUGCGGAGAGAGCUGAUGUACUUCAUCAUCGCUCUGGUCUUCACAUUUCCUGUCUUGGUCCUCGCGUGGGUACCGCUAUCCAUGUCCGAGUUCAACAAGCAGAUUGUGUGCCUUUUACUCGCCUCCGCCGUUCAGUUCUCGGCCUGGGAAUUCUACCCUAAUGCCUUCAAGAGCUUGUUUCACUCUAAGAUGGCCGACAUGGAUCUUCUUAUCGUGCUCAGUACCACUACUGCGUACAUCUUCUCAGUGGUAGCAUUCGGCCUCUACGGAUCCGGAAGCCCGUUAUCGGUGGGUUCUUUCUUCGAGACCAGCACCUUGCUGGUCACACUCAUCAGACUUGGUCGGUACAUGAGUGAGCUCGCAAGACAGAAGGCGACGGAAUCGGUAUCAAUCCGAACAUUGCAAACACCUACAGCCCAACUACUCACAAAAUCUCGCAACGAGAGUCGAGAGAUCGAUGUCCGUCUGUUGCAACCCGGCGACACGUUCCGCGUGCCGCCACAUACCCGAAUCCCUACGGAUGGCAUUGUCGUGUACGGCGGCUCACAGGUGGACGAGUCAAUGAUGACUGGAGAAUCGCACCCAGUUGCAAAAGGAAUCGACUCCAACGUCACUGCUGGCACCAUGAACCUCGACGGUCAACUCGAUAUCUCCGUCACUCGGAUGGCAUGGGAGAAUAGCAUCAGCCAGAUUGGUGCUCUUGUCGACAAUGCCGAAUUGACCAAGCCGAAGAUCCAGGCCCUCGCUGACCGGGUAGCGAGCUGGUUCGUCCCUUCCAUUAUUGCCAUUUCCACCACUGUUUUCUUGGCUUGGGUGCUCGUGGGCGUCCUCCACCUCAAGAAGAGUGGAACUGAUGCAGUUGUGGGCGCUACAUCCUACGCAAUCGCGACACUCAUAGUUUCAUGUCCUUGUGCUAUUGGUCUCGCUGUUCCCAUGGUCAUCAUCAUCGCCAGUGGAGUCGCCGCGAAGCACGGUGUGAUCUUUCGAGCACCGACAGCUAUCGAGACCGCGAAAGGCGUGACACACGUGGUUGUUGACAAGACGGGAACAUUGACGGAAGGCAAGCUAUCCGUCAUAGCGGGGAAGUUCAUGUCCAAACCUCGGGCAUCUACCUUGCCUUACCUCCUCGGACUCGUAUCCGGUCAGAAACACCCAGUUGCAUCGGCUGUCGCAGAGUGGAUCCUCACGAAAGGAACCCAGGAUAGCAUUAACUUCGAUACGAUCACUGUCAUCGUCGGAGGUGGCAUUGAAGGUAGACUCGACAAAGAGGGUGUCGUGGUCCGCGCUGGUAAUUGCGACUGGCUGGGAAUCACUUCCUCGGACCAGGUCCUCAAUUUCACGAGCAGGCUCAACUCGCCGCCAUCACCAUCCACUGAAUCGCCCGUCUACCAGAGCACGCUCGACUACACCCUUUUCGGCGUAACGGUCAACGGCGAGCUCCGCGCUCUGUUCGCGCUCCGUGAUGUCCUUCGUCCCGAAACAGCCUCGGUCAUAUCCUCGCUCCAGUCACGCCAUAUCUUGAUAUCGAUCGUGUCUGGCGACGAUGCACGGAGCGUCGAACACUGCGCCCAUGUGCUCAACAUUCCGACAUCCCACACGCUUUCGCGUUGCUCGCCGGCGGACAAGGCGGCGUACGUUUCGUCAGUUCAAAAGGCAGACCCCCGUGGCAUCGUGCUGUUCCUCGGCGACGGCACGAACGAUGCGGUCGCUCUGACGCAGGCAACGAUCGGCAUGUCCAUCGCGGGUGGCACAGACGUCGCAAAGAGCGCGGCAGACAUCAUUCUCGCGCGUCCAGACCUCCGCGGACUGCUCAUCGCCAUGGACGUGUCGACACGGGCGGUUAGGCGGGUGUGGUUCAACUUCGUGUGGGCCGCGAUCUACAACUUAUUUGCGGUGCUCCUGGCGGCGGGCGCCUUCGUCUGUAUCAAGACGUCUGGGAAAGUUGGGUCCGUGGACGAAAAGGGGGGCAUCAAGAUCCCGCCGGAAUUUGCAGGGCUGGGAGAGAUUGUGAGCAUCUUGCCUGUUGUGCUCAUUGCUUUUUCGCUCCGGUUCGCGAAGUUUACGAGACAUGGCGGGCAGAGCGCGAGAAGCGAGUGA